UUUGGCCGACAACCAAACCAGGGCAAUCGACAACCAUGGCACUACUCAUGCCAACUGCAGCACUUCCUCCUCAAAGCCUCAACCAAACGAACAUCAAGACAUCAAACAUCAACAGCUCAAGCCAAGCAUCAUCAUCAUCAUCAUCCAAUCCGAUCAACAUCACCAUCAAAUCCAAGAAGAGGGCACGCUUUGCAGAUGAAAACUAUGAUGAGACAACAACAGCAGCAGCAACAACGACGACAACGACGACGACGAGCAAUAACAACGAAAAACAGAAGCAACACUGUCUAUCGAGCUACAUUACCUUCAACCAUGAUGACCCACCCCUCAAAAAGAUUCGCAUUCAGGCAGAGCCCUCUUCUUUCGAUCUAUUCGAUCAACCGGCUAAUGAUACACUCCGAAAAGGAAUGUAUCUGACUUUUAUCAAUACCGCAUUCACCGAACGAGCAAACGGAAAGUUCGAACGAUACGAUCAACUACUCGGCCAAUUCGACCCACUCGUCUCACCCCAAACAUCACUAGACUCCAACCAAUCAAACGUCUCACUGACGAGGGUCCAGGGCUGGCUGAGUGCUCUGACAUCCAUGGUCUCCCAGCUCGAUCGUGGUCAUUCACAUCUUGUCGAGAAAGUCCUCAGCUUACCCUGGACCGUCUUGGACGAUCAGUUUGUCAACGUCUUCUCAAGAUUUGUCAGUGGGCUUGUCAGUGCCCGGAGUGAAUGGGUUCAAAUCGUAUUGGAAAACAUCAUCCGAGGAUUCCAUUAUAGUACGAUCCCUCUGGAACAACGCUCGGCUCUCUUACCUUCAUCGGUCAAUCGGAGGCUGAUCUAUCUCAGGCUCCAUAGUCUCCUUCGAUCUAUCCUUCGAUUAAUUCCAACGUUACCUUCAACACUCUGGUCAUUACUCGAUCUCCAUUUCCCCAAGAAGCGUGAACAUCGUGAUGGACAUGUCUGUUAUCUAUCCAACCUAUUGAAGAUCGCCAAUUACUGCCCCGAUCUGAGCGCCAAGAUCGUCCAGCUCUGUAUCGAGAAGUGUUUGAAGAUCGAUGUGGAUAUCCAGGUGGAAGUAGAAGAGUGGGAAGAUGAAGAAGGACGAUUGGACGAAGAAAUCUUCGGGAAACCGAUCGAGGAUGCAUUUGAUAAAUCCUGGACAGACGAUGAUGCUCAUGAAUCUGACCUUGAUGAUGAGGAUGAUGACGGCGAGGAGGUAGACUUUGAUGAGCUAUCUUCCGAUGAAGGGGCUCUCUCCGACGAUGAGAAUGAGAAGAACUUGAAAACACCUUCGCCCGAAUCGGUGAGAAAGGUGAAAAAAUUAGCGGCAAAACUGGAUGGAAUGUUGCGUUGUAUCUUUGAUCAUUUGCAACUGAUGAGCUUGGGUGUUGCGCUCAAGCCGACGACUCUGACGACCAAUCCAACUGAAACGAACGAGCAUCCAGGAGAGUCGAAGGAACAGAUAUCGCUAGCGGCGGUAGACCCACAGCUUCAAGAUGAUCGAGAGGCCAUGUUCAAUCUGCUUCUUUCGAACUUCGAAUCGUCCAUCCUGCGCACCCGUCGAACCAGGCACGUCCAGUUCAUCAUGUUCUGGUACGCAUCCCUCGAACCAGCAUUUGCGGACUCGCUACUUGCGACACUAGUGGAACGGGGGCUCUAUGAUACAGACGACAAUUCGCUCCCUGUGGCCACUAGGGUAGCGGCAGUGAGCUAUAUAGCCAGUCUGAUCAGUCGUGCCAAAUAUAUCGAUAAACAUGUCACUCGUCAUGUGGUGUCCUUACUCUGCGCUAGAUUGGAAUUAGGCCUGGCCGAAGCUCAUCAGAUGAACGUCAAUCAACAUGUGGUCUGGUAUGCGAUUGCCCAGGCGAUCUUUUACAUCUUUUGCUUCAGAUGGAAGGAUCUCUUGGUCGAGGAUGAUGAUGAUGACGAACAAGACGAGGCAAAUGAGCUUAAUAUCCGCUUCUCCCACCCGAAGAAAUUCAAUGAUCGUUGGUUGAGUGGUCUGAAGAUUUUGGAACGAGCUAUUAUCUCACCUUUAAACCCUCUCAGAACAUGCGCAGAUACGGUUGUCUCGCAGUUUGCGAAGAUCUCGCACGAGACAAAUUUUAUAUAUUGCUACGAUAUCAUGAGAAGGAACAACAAUAAUCAACAGGGGAAGGAGACGGAGAAGAAAGGAGGGACGCAAUCGAAGGGCUUAAGUGUACCAAGCUCGACGAGCUCGACAUGCUCACCAUCCUACUCGCCCAGUUCAGGGACAAGCUCGCUCCCAAUGGUCGAUGGCCGACCGGAACAGCCGCUACGAACAUCCUCCCACGAACAGGUUGUCAACAAGGCCCUCUUCCAGUCUAAGAUCGACCUCUUCUUUCCCUUCGACCCUUUUAAACUCCCCCUCAGCUCGGCCUAUAUUCAGACUAUCUAUCGCUCAUGGGAUCAUGGCGAUGAUGAUGAGGAUGAGGAUGAGGAUGAUGCAGAAGAAGAGAAUACGGAUGGGGAGGAUGAGGAUGCAAAUGGUAAUCCAGAGGAGUAGUCUUUCUUGCCGUUUUACUGGCUUCCAUGUUGGAAAAUACAUAAAAAUAAAAAAACGUGUUUGCCAUAUUUGAUCUGGUCUUUUACAGUCAAUCAUCCAUCCUAAUAGUUUGAAACCCAGUUUUGUUUUUUAUGCACCAAAGAUACAUCAAAUCCAAACCACAAAAAGCAUUUAUCAUUACUCAUAUACAUGUUAUACAUACAUAUACACAGAAGUUUUUUUUUUUCUUCUUCCAAUUGGUACAAGAAUUUUUAUUUGUUGAGAAUAAAAUGAACCAAAGAAUCAAGUUGUGGUGGGAUGCAAUGCUGUGUACUUUUCUUUUUUUUGAAAAUCAGCAGUCAGAA